CCGAUUGCAAGAGCAAAGACUUUUGGACAGGCAAAAUGGGAAAGAUCGACGCCGACCAAAGCAUACAACACUUAAGCCACCAACAUCCCUUAAGGCUUCUCAACAUCCAGCAGCACUCCACCGGAAGCAGAGUCCUAUGUUCAGGCUGCAAGCUAGCGAUCUCCGAGUGGGCCUACUGUUGCUUCCCAUGCAACUUCUGCCUCCACCGGACCUGUUCCCAGAUGCCGCAGAAGCUGAGCCACAGGAUCGACCCCAAACACAUUCUUACUUUGACCCCGACCCCAGUCUACGAGGGAGGCGCUUUCGUGUGCAAUGCCUGCGGAAAGUUAGGCACGGGCUUUUCUUACCACUGUCAAGAGUGCGAGCUCGAUCUGCAUCCUCUCUGCGCUUUUGCGCCGUCACCAAUUCCUGACACUCCGCUACAACAGCAAGUGAAUUAUUCUCAUGCCGGGCCACCGUGCCACAGCGUCUCUAUCCCAACUGUGCCAGGGCCAGGAUUCAUUAGUCAUCUGUAUUUCCCAGAUCCUAAUCCGCAAGUUGGAUGCACAACCAUGAGAUACCAACCAUAUGAUCACUAUCCGGGUGUAAUUUAUUGUCCAUUUCCAGGACAUGGACCUACUCAGAGGAAUGAUUGGGGUGAGAGUAGUCUGAUGGGUACUGUGUUCCAGGGAAUCGCCGAGGGUUUGGCUCAGCAAGCUGGGACGGACAUCCUCCAAGGCUUCCUAGGAAAUUCCUAGUGGAAGAUAUUAUGUCGCGCAAUCUUCCGCUUCCAGGUAGCUUCGAGCACGCUACAAGGUAUCUUUGAUAUCACCUUGAAUAAGAAAGAAGACGAGAUCAGAUAUGAGUUGCUUGCUAGUUCUGUGAUUGCUCUUUGUUUAUCUCACUCUACCAUUUCGAGGA